CGUCCAUUGAGCCCCCUCUGGUUCAAUCCAUUCAUUACACCCCUCCCGGCAAGCAACCGACGUCUGCUGCUGGCGUUUUCCGGAGCCUCUUGAUCCACCCCCCUUGUCUUGCCUUUUGCUUGUUACAUCUGAGGUCGCGUCGCCGGUCGCUGGCUUGCCGCCGCUGCUGCCCAGCCCGCUGCCACUUAAGCCAUGUCGUAUCAGCAGCCGCCGCCCUAUGGCUUUCCCAACAACGCCGCCGGUCCAACCUUCAAUGGUGCCGCCCCACCACCGCAGAACCUUCACAUCCAGCCCGGACAAGACUUGGGCCAGCCGCCGCAGUCUAUGAUGUACACUCCGCAGCAACAGCAACAGCAAUACGCAAUGGCUUCCUCCCACGGCCAUUUCCAACCAGGUCCUGGCAUGAUGCCGACACCCGGACCCGGAGCCCCCGGUAUGAUGCAGCAGAACCCUCCCGGUAUGAUGCCGUCUCACAUGGCACCGAACGGUCAGAUGCCGUACCAGGCGCCCUAUACCACGUCUCAAUAUGGCGUCGGCGUGCCCUCACCCGCCCAACCCCAGAUGGCAGGCAACUUCAACCCCAUGGCCGGCCCGAUGCCAGGUUACCCGAUGAAUGCGCAAGCGAUACAGCAGCAGCAGCAGCAGCAACAGCAGCAACAGCAGCAACAGCAGCAGCAACAACAGCAGCACAUGAUGCAGCAACAGCAAAGAAUGCACCAGUCGCAACAACAUCAUCCAUCGAUGGGGCAAGGUCAUCAGCAGAGGGCUUUCAAUCCAAUGGCCGCUCAAGCGCAGGCGCAAGCGAGUCCCAACACGAUGUCGCCGCAUCAGGGACAGUUUCCCCCUCCACAACAGCUUCCCCAGGCUGCAAAGCAGCCGCAACCGCAACCUCAGCCGCCGCAACAACCUCAACAGCAACCACAGCAGCAACAGCAACAGCAGCAACAACAACCCCAGCAGCAUCACCAACAACAGCAUCAGCAUCAGCAGCAACAGCAACAACCACAUCAACAGCAACAGCAACCACAGCCACCACAACAACAUUCGCAACAGCAACCAAGCAGUGCGACUGUGACCACGCCCCAGACACCGACUUUCCCACAGAUGGGAGCUGGAAGCAAUCCGCUCGAUGCAACCAUGUCGCAAACACCACUCAGCCCUGGAGCGCAUGCUCGAGAGCAAGAGCGCAUCGCCACUAUUCUCGAGAUCAACAACGAGCUCAUGUACGAAGCCUUGGUCCUCCAAAAUACUCACUUCGCGCACAAAGCCGAAAACGACACGAAAGACCAAGCCGGAAAUCCUAUUCCCAGAGAACCUACAGCGGUGGAGCAGCCGAUAAAUAACGAUCUCUUACAUGUCAUGAGGCGGUUGCAGUCAAAUAUAGCCUACUUGAUGACUCUGACAGACCGGAAGACGGUGUUGCCAUGUCCGGCUUAUCUAACACCACCACCGGCAAACCUGACGAUUAAACUCAGGAACAUACCGCCGAAAUCCGAUGGCUCAGAGGAGGCCGCAGAUCCUCACGUUGAUCGUGAAGAAAGGGUCAAUCUGAUUAGGACACUGUACGAACGCUUGCAGACGCUAUAUCCCGGUGUGGACUACUCAAAGGAGCCCAUAUACGGACAAAAGAUGCAAGAAACGAUGCACGGCCAGACACCCCAAAGUCAACCACCGCCGCCGCAGAUGCAAGGCCAGGUAGGCCAAGGACAGGUACCGAUGCAGAUGCAAAUGCAUAUGCAAGGUAUGGCUCCGGGACAUGGCCAGCCUCAGAUGCACAUGCAAAAUCAGCAUAACCUCCAAUCUAUGGGCCAAGGCCAGGCUGCCCAGAUGCACAUGUACCAGAACCACCAAGCUCACAGAAAUCCAAACCAAGCGAGUCCAGGGAUGGUGCCUCAACCAGGCUCUCGUGGCACGCCUCAAAUGUCCCAUAUGGGCAUGCCCGGUCAGCAGAUGGCACCACUUCAGUCCAAUUAGGGAUAUGGACUUUACGGUGAAGAAAGCGAGCAGGCUGAACAUUUUGAACUGCGUGGCAGUCCGAACCUUCAAGGGCUAUACGGUCACACACUCGCACAUCUACACUUUGACAGCCCGUUUGGGUAUGGGACUUGCUACGUUGAUGGCCAAGCAUAUGGCAUUGAUCCGGCGGAAGGCUAUGGGUCUGGUUCUGUUCAAGCAGAUAGCCAGUACUUCUCCGCUGAUCCGGACGAACCUUUUGGCGAGACAGUAUAUUUUGAGUGUUAGUUGAGGUCAUCCUCGCGGUAUUAUAUCAGUUCUAUUUUUUUUUUUUUUGCCCCUUGGCACGUGCCUGCGAAACGUAUUGAAAAACACUUUCAUCAUAAUUAAGAGGGCCCAGGCGGUUGAUGGAAUAUUCUGCACAGCUUAAUUUGCUUCAUGUUGGAUCGCGUGGCGCAUAUGGCAUUCUGGAAUAGCGGAGCGUGACUCUCUUGGUGGGUGGCUUUGUUGGCGCAGAGGCAAGCGGCAUUGAUACGGGUUGC